GCUCUGGGCGCCGCGCGGCGGAGCGGCGUUCGGCCAGUCCGCGCGGCGGCCGUUCGGCCACGACGCCCUGCGGUCCAAGCCCGCGUCGCGAGGAAAAAGAUGAGGAGGGGGAAGAGGAAGAGAGGAAAACGAUGGAGCAGGAGCACGAGGAGACCCCCUCUCCCCAGGCCUCGGGGAAGGACAAAGACACGGCGCCCGACGGGCGGGCCGUGUCUCACGCCGGCACGGACGGCUCGGCCGGCUCCGCCUUGCUCGCCGCCGCCGCCUCCGCCGCCUCCCUGCGGGCUUUCCUGGCUUCCCGUUCGGCCCUCUUGGCCCGCGCCUUUUCCUCGGCCUCGACCUUUUUCUUCCGCACGCUCUCCUCGACCUCGGGGGAGCGUCCUGCUGAGUCGGGACCCACUUGGGUACGUCCGAGGCAUCGCUGCCGGUGACGCCCCCGGACUCCCUCCGCUUGCCCGGGCCGGGCAUGCCGUCUGGGACGACCUGGUUACCGUAAAUCCGCUCGCCCGCUUUCAUGAGCUCGUACCGGGACUCCU